GAAAAAUUGACCUAGUUUUCUUUUUGGUUGACUGUACUUGUUUCUUCCUCAAUUUCACAACCACAUUUUCACAGCGGGGUACAAUGCCUAACAACAAGCGCAAGAGAGUCAGCAAGAUCAAGGGCCGGGACAAGGCGCACCCGUACUCGCGCAAGGCACGGCAGAUCAACCGCGCUAUGGAGGCUGAGGCCAAGAUUGCCGCAGCAAAGUCACAGCGCAUUGAGACAAACAUGGCGAUGGGACAAAAGGUGCUGUGGUUCCGCGAUCACAUGGAUCUGGACGACAAGGGCAACACUAUUGAGGACCGCAAAGCGUUGAAAACCGUAUGGACGAAGCUUGAGCUGUGCCUGCUACUAGAUGAGUACCUCACUCGGAAUGAUGAGGAGAUCGAGGAGAUCAAGGAGCGUAAGCGGCCAGGACGCCCGUUGGCCGCCAAGGACGAGCUGGUGCUGCAGGUAGCUGAAUUCGAGAACAAGGAGGCACGGUUGGCAGGUCUGGAGGUCCCUGAGCUGACAAACGGCAGCGUUGUCAAAGCCCUGCGGGCAUGGGACGGCGAUCUGAACAGCAUCAAGACGAUCAAGCUCGUCAAGUGCAAACCGGCGAGCCAGAUCGAAAUGGAAAAGCAGGAGGCGGGCAAGAACACAACAGAGGACUCGGCGCUUACUGAGGCCACAGGAAUGAUUGUCAGCUAAGGCGUGCAAGGGUUAAGCGCAUUUUUCCAUU